GAACACUCGUCAGAGGUCAGAGUUUCUACUUCCUGUUCGGCGGUAAAGCGUGUUCUGGUUUGUGAGCCGCUAACGUUACAGUGACGAAAAACGGGGAAUCGAACAAUCGAACCAACGACGCGAGUUUGAAGUGAACUGAAGAUGAGUUUACCUCUCAACCCAAAGCCCUUCCUGAACGGCCUGACAGGCAAACCAGUGAUGGUGAAGCUGAAGUGGGGAAUGGAGUACAAGGGCUACCUGGUGUCCGUGGAUGGAUACAUGAAUAUGCAGCUGGCAAACACGGAGGAGUACGUGGACGGAGCAUUGGCAGGUCACCUCGGUGAAGUGCUUAUCAGGUGCAAUAAUGUUCUGUACAUCAGAGGUGUAGAAGAAGAGGAGGAGGACGGAGAAAUGAGGGAGUGAUGUUGGCGUCUGAGGGCGACUGUUCCUCGUAGAGUUGAGUUAAUGUGUGUUUGUGUUUUCACCAUGUGAAACAUUUGGGGGGGGGGGGGGUCAGGGAGGGGUGUUGUUUUUCAAGCAGUUUUGAAAGAUGAAGAUUUUUUUUACUGUAUAUGAAUUUUAUGUUGUGACUUUGUGAUACAGACACAAUAAAGUGAUUAUUGUACCAUUUCUUAAACCUGAUUUACUGCUUUUAAAAAAAAACACCAUUUCAUUUUCAAAUUAUUACACUGAGCUCAAAAUCGUAUUUAUUCUGUUCUUCAAACACUAAAAAUAAUCAGCAUGAAAUCUGUGAGUGAAAGAAACACCUCGGACCUAAACUAACAAUUAUACUGUUUAUAUUUUAAAUAACAAUUUCCCGGGUCAUCUCGUUCGCAGAUUGUGACAUAGAUAAUUAUUGAUUAUUGUAAUGAAUCCCUCCAGCCUCUUUCAAUCAACUUUAUUAACAUCAGUCAUAUUACAAGACA